AGACACACAAACACAAACACACACGGACGUAACUACGGUCGGCGGGUAAAUGUUCCGGUUGUGGCUCGGUGCUGAAACUCGGCUGAAGUUGGUGGUUUUGUCCCGUAGAAACGCGUCGGUCAUGUCCGCCGAGUCUGGCGUUAAAAACAGCGACAACCGGUCGAUUCACUCGGACAUGGUGGAGGAGGUUCACAACGUCCCGUUAAACGUCCUCAUCAGACCGAUUCCUCCGGUGCUGGACGAGCUGAAAGUCCAGAGUCUGAUGGACACAAUAAAGGAGGCAGCAGACAUCAGCGUUGUUCCUCCGAUUGAUGUGCUCUGGAUCAAAGGCAGAGAGGGAGGAAAUUACUACUACUCUUUUGGAGGCUGUCACAGGUUUGCUGCGUAUCAGAGGCUGAACAUGCCGACCAUUCCGGCCAAGAUCAUCAAAUCAAACAUCUCAGACCUUAGCACUUACCUGGGGGCUUCAACGCCUGAUCUGCUGUGACGCUGGAGCAGCAUAGAGGGGACUUUGGCACAGGUGACUUAAACACACACACACACACACACACAGAGUUGUGACUCUUCUGUUGCAGCUGGUGACUGCAAAGCAAAGGCUUUACCACCAGGGGGAAAUGUAACUCUAUAGUUAAACACUAUAGAAUGUAAUGUAAUUUGAAGGGUGUGUGUGUGUUUGUAACUUUUAUAUAUUUUUACCAAGUGAGUGUCAUUUAAUAGCUUUAACCUUCAAACACCAGUUAUACUUGCACCAAAAAACAGUUAUUUAAAAAUAACUGAAGUUUCCUGCAGUUAUUUUCUUGAACAUAUUAAAAUAUGAUGAUGGAGCAAUUGCUGCAACAGGGAUUGUUGCCAUUUUUUGGCACAAAAAGUGUAGAACUUACAUUAGUAAGAGGAGGUAGUGACUCUGAGUGGCAAUUCAGAGUGAAUUAUAUCGUUGCUGUCAGAAUUUCAUGAAAAUUACAACAGUUGGUAACAAGUCAGAUGCUGACGUGACGGAUUUUCCUAAGUUGACUGCUCUUGAUUAUGGUCCUACGGCUUGUUUACAGAAUAGCAAUCGAUAUUUAGUAGUUUAGAGAGUUUAGAUCUUCAGCUGCCUGUGUUGCUGAAUACGCUCUAAAGUAACUUUGCUUAUUUACCUGCCGGUGAGCUCUGCUAUAUAUUAAAAAUAUGUUAAUCACAAAGCUUAGGUGUUGUAAACAACAUGAAGAAAGAAAUGUUUUAUACUGUGUGAAGUGUUCAGUAAAGAAACAAACUUAAUGUGCACUAAACGGUUUACAACUUUCAGUGUGCUGCCCUCUAUAAUUCAUGUUACUGAGUGAAAGCAUUAAAAAUGCAAACUUGGAUUGAUUUAACUGCUUCUCGAGGAAGACGUUUUAUACUCUCAAACUGACAAUAAACCCCAAAUGAAGCUGUGGUGGUCCUUAACGUUUCGUGAAUAUGCACGUUGUUUAUUGAGAAUGUUAUUCAGUGAUCAUUUCUGUAAGUUUACAAUCGGAAACGUGUAAUUUCAUCCAGAAGAGACAAAGAUCUUGGACAACAAUGGGGAGAGGAGGACACUGGCGAUAUGAUGUGAACAUGAUGUGCCUGAAAUCACUAUUGAAGUGUCUUAAUUCUGAGUGUGUAAAAUGUAUCCACUAUAUUGUGCCCUCAAGCAGGUAAAAGGAACUCAGCAAUCAUUAAUUUUAUUAUUCACACCUGUGACUUGUCAAAAUGUUUCCUGCAGCAGGCUUUCCUUCAAGUGCACCUUUUGAGCUCCUCAUGCUGAGAAACAUUUAAAUGCAACUUGUCUCAACAUUCA